GAAACUGUACGGACAUGAGUUUCGAAAAUAAAGUGGUUAUUGUGACCGGCGCUGGCGGAGGAAUUGGGGCAGCUACUACCAAAGCAUUUGCUCAAGAAGGAGCGCAUAUAGUCAUGGUAGAUAUCAACGAAAAAAAUCUCAAGAAAGUCGGCAACGAAAUUUCACAAUACAACAAAAACUAUCUGCUAAUCAAAGGCAAUGUUUCUGUAGACGAAGACGCCAAAAUGAUCAUAAAUAAAACAAUAGAAACAUUUAAAAAAUUAGAUAUACUCGUAAACAACGCUGGCAGUGUGAAAUUAGGAAAUAUUUUAAGUGGUAACUCAGUGAAAGCAUUUGAUGUGAUGAUCAACAAUAAUUUGCGGUCAGUUGUGUUAAUGACAAGUGUUGCUGCACCACAUUUGAUAAAGACUAAAGGGAAUAUUGUCAAUGUAUCUAGUAUAACAGCGGCAAAGAAUCCCACCGUGUCUCAUUUGAUGCCUUACAGCGUCUCCAAGAUUGGUGUGGAACAUUUCACACGUGGUGCUGCACUUGAAUUAGGGCCUUCAGGAGUCAGAGUGAAUGCUGUAAGUCCUGGACCUGUUAAGACGAAUAUAAUUGGUAUUAUGGAUGCAGCGAAGCUGUUCCUUGCUGAUGUCAAUAUCGGACAAAGUCCCAUGGGCAAGUUGUGCAAGACUGAAGAGAUAGCGGACUUGAUUCUGUUUGUAGCAAGCGAUAAAGCGAAGAGUAUUACUGGAUCUGUGUAUAUUUGUGAUAAUGGUGUGUUGUUAAAGUAAUAUUAUUGUUUAUAUUAUGUAUUUAAAUAAGGGUCUUGUAAUAGUUUGUUCGUAUGAUGUCAUUUUCUUUAAUAAUACUACAGUAUGACGUUCGUGGGUUUUAAUGUUAUACUGGUUUUCAAAUUAAAAGCAGUGAUGGUGACCUUGAUAAUUGACUUUGAUUAGAAGGUGGAAAGAAUAAUUAGACAAUGCAGUAAUAUGCUAUAAAAGUCAAGCGACCUAUUGUUUUAUCAUGGCUUUUCUUCAAUUUACGUUUUAAUUUAUUAGUUAUUGUAUUUCAUCAGAUAUAGGUACCGAAUAUUGAGCCUAAAUAUGAAUUAUAAUUAAAAUAUUAUAAACAUCGAUAUUCUUCAUUGUUAUUGUAACUUUAUUGGUGUUUAAACUAUGACAUAGUAAAGAUUGUAAAUCAGUA